AUGGACGUUGCUCAGCUGCACUGCCACAUGGCACAUACGGACGAUGAAGCCUACGCUCGCGGAACUGUUCUGGAGACCGAGGCUAAACCCAUGGCCUUCCGGUCUCAAAAAGAGAUGUUUGAGAAGAUGGAGGAAUCCUUUCAAAUCUGUGCGCAUUGUGAGAAGCAGGCCAAAUCAACUUCAAAUCCACAGAGUCUGAAGCGUUGUGGAAGAUGUCUAAAUGUCUAUUACUGCUGCAAAGAGUGUCAGAAGGAGGACUGGUCCAAACACAAGAAGCUCUGUUCACAGCUGCGUCUGGCUGCCAUUGACAGAAUUGUGGAGUGGCUUUUGUACAGAGGGGAGCUUCCAUUCCCCACAGACAAAUGGUCAAAGCCUCAGUCAGAGGUUAAAGGUUGGGAUGACUGGCUUGCAAUGCAGGGAGAUCUCACAGCUCGCCUCGAUCCCAUUUUAAAUGGAGCAAACAUGAAAGACCUGUGGACCAACUCCGGCAGACCCCAGCCUGACGACGAGGACCUGAGGCAGUCUUUGUGGAGGGUUUGCAGCGAGUUCUUCUCCAGGCCGCUGACCAUCGCCUGGGGGAUGAGGCUGUUUGGCCUCAACCCGUAUUCCAAACCUCUCACCAUUCACGUGGUGGGAGCAGGCCAAAGUGAGACGCUGGCGGCCAGGCUGACCGACUACGAUGAGCUGAACAAGAUGUUCCCCGGGCACCAGGGAAUCGAGGUGGUCAUGAUCGGACCGGAGGUUGUAGACGGCCCCAUCGUGAGGCCUCCUCUUAGGGCGUUUGGCCCCAAGCAGAGGGUCUUCAUCAGCGCCUAUAAGGGGCUCUACCACCAGUUCUGGGAGGAGCUAGUGGAGAAAGAGGAAGCAGCCAAGCCAGACCUGGUGGUUGGAUUUCAUCCUGGGUUUGAUGCCAGUCAGGGCCUGGACGAGGGUUGGCUUCCAACACUUCUGCUCCUCAGGGAUUAUGAGAUUCCCUCUCUUUUCACUGCUCUCAAUGAGACCGAGAUGACCUACUCCCUGCAGAUCCUGCUGGAGCUGGAGAUGGACAUGAAGGGAAGCGGAGCCAACCCCUUCUCCUCGCUCAAACCGGAGGUGAUGGGUUCGUCUCCCAGCAAGCCCCCCGUCUACUGCAACUCCCACUACUUCUGUUUCCAGGGCCUGCUGGAGACUGUGGAGUUUGAGGAACCAGAUGAGGCCUGAAGGAGCUAAGUGCUCCAGCACACACAUGCACACACACACAGUUGACUUUCACAUCUGGAGCUCUGAUUUUAUUGGAUUAUCAAGAAUUGUUUUUAUAUGCUUUUAUUUUCUUAAAAUAUUUUUUCUAUAGCAUGUAAAUACAUAUUUAUUACUCUUCUACUGAGUUAGUACCACAACUGUAUUGACUGAUGUUUCCAUUCACUAUCUCAGUUUUGAGGCAUGCAACUGCCACAGUUGUAAGAUUUGAAUAUACUGUCUCAGAAAUGUUGUGUUAGCAGAGGGGCAAUAAAACCUUGUAGAAAUAGUCAAAUGUUCUGCACCAUUAUAUCUAAAAUAAAACAAAUUAACUGAUCAAA